AUGCUGCAUCAAAUAAGGCAGCAUGAAGAAGAAGUUGUCAAAGCUUUAAAGGCCCUGUCCUACAUUCAUGCAGUUGUUUCAGAUCCUAUAUUCACCAAGAUCAUAGCUUGUGAAUCAGCACAUGAAGCUUGGGAGAAAUUGAAGACAGAAUUCCAAGGAUCUGAUAAGACAAGACAAAUGCAAGUUUUUAAUCUGAGAAAAGAAUUUGAGUUGUUAAAGAUGAAAGAUGCAGAGAAGGUGAAGGACUAUGUGGAUAGAGUCAUGAAGAUAGUCAAUCAGAUAAGGUUGCUGGGAGAAGAGUUGGAAGAGAGGAGAAUUGUUGAAAAGGUUAUGGUGACUCUUCCAGAAAAAUUCGAAGCAAAAAUUUCUUCUCUUAGGAACGCUUGGGACAUGUCUCAAAUAACUUUGCCAGAGCUAACAAAUGCUUUACUGGCUGUUGAACAAAGAAAAGCACCCAGGGAAGAAGAAAGUGUAGGAGAAAAGGCACUUGCAGCAGUACAAAAGAUGAGUUCACAAGAAGGAGGAUCAAAGAACCAAACUGUUCACAAGAAGGGAAAGAACAAGAAAAUUGGAAGAUGGAGAAGCAAAAAGGAUAAAUAUCCACCUUGUCCCUACUGCAAAAAAUCAAAUCACACAGAGAACUAUUGUUGGUUCCGGCCUGGUGCUCAAUAUAAGAUUUGUAAACAAUUUGGUCACACUGAGAGGGUAUGUACCAUAAGAAAUGACCAGCAGACACAGGCACAACCAGCUCAAACAACAGAAAAUAAUGAUUAUUAA